UGAUUUUUAGUUUGGAGGUCGGGCGAGUGACACUCGCUCCGCUCUGGUGUCAAGUCUGUUUGUCGUUCGGCGUCGCACUUAUGAGUUGUUGUUAAUUGUUAUUUUCUAGCUUUCUCGAUCUUUUUUACUUUAUUUCUUCACUUUAAAAACAUACGAGGACGCAUUAUUUCUGCGUUUUGGUUCCCGCAAGUGAACGCGAAAGUCUAUAUUACAAUCUUUAUCUUUUCGUGGAGUGAAAAGUGUAUUCUUUAUUGCUGAUGAUAUACGUAUAGUGCUUUUCUUUCAAUCAAAAUUUUCAGUUUUUAUCUCACCAUACAGAAUUCGGCUUCUGUCACAUCACAGCGACAUCCUCACUUCGUAAUAGAAGCUAUAUAUGAACUUGAUAUUUUUACAUUACCGUAAAAACAUAGUUUCAUGAACAGUAAAUAUUAGUACCGGUACACUGUGAAUACGUAAUCCCUUAGCGGGUGCUUUUGAUCCGUUAAGCGACUGGUAGCCAUACUAUAAUCCCUGGAGUACAGAAGGAAAAGUCAGUCAUAUUGCAACGGGAUUCUUUGUACCUGGGAUAAUACUUCAUGGCAAGAGGGAGCUGCUACUUAUGCAACCAAGCUAUUUGUGAUGAACCCUGCGUUAUGGGUGAUGAAAUUCACAUGAUUGAGAGGCACGGCAGUCAUCGAUUUAUCAAGUGACGAGAGCAGGAAACAUGAAAAACAAGAAGAGAUGAAGUAACGAUUUUAUAUGUUCAAUUCAAAAAGGUGCAUUUCAUUUUGGAAUUCAUAGUGAACAAACAGACUAAGAAAUUAAUACUAGGGAGGGCAUUUCACCACUUCUGCAAUAGGGAAACACCUAUGAAUUUUCAUUCUUUGACUUUUGGAUGCUUGACUUUGAAAGCAGGUGGUACGAUUGUUGUCAAGAAAGACUAAUAAGUGUCAAGUGAUGUAGUUUCUUGCUCAAGUGUCAAAGAUGGCCAUUGGGAGAGGGUGAUAUGGAUGUGGGCGUUUUACUUCCACCAGGGUGAUUCACCUGUGGGUGCCAGGUGGCCCCAAAUGUUCCGUUGAUGACCGUGGGCGUGGAAAGUCCCUCCAUGCCCAUCCCCUUCCACUACAACACAACAACCCAAGCCAACCAUUUCAUCCUCCUCCUACACAGCACGUCGGAAGCCGCCCACGCGUUGAGUGCCGGCACUCUAGCACCAAUGAUUGACAGUGGCUUCCCCGCAGUCGGAGGUCGAGGAUAUGAGACUGGCGACCCUUUCAACGUUUCGGUGGUCGGGGUCGGUCACGGGGAGGUCGCAGCAGAAGAGGGAGAACCAGAGGGUCUCUUCACGACUCUCCUGACGGUGAUGGUGCUCCUCUUCAUCAUCGUGGGCACCGUCAUCGGGAACCUCCUCGUCUGCGUCGCCGUCUGCCUCGUCAGGAAACUCCGGCGACCUUACAACUACCUCUUGGUGAGCCUGGCCGUGUCUGAUCUGUGUGUGGCCCUUCUAGUGAUGCCCAUGGCACUGCUCUACGAGCUCCUGGGCGAAUGGCAGUUCGGGAGACUGGCUUGCGAUGUGUGGGUGUCUUUUGACGUGCUCUCGUGCGCCGCCAGUAUUUUGAACCUGUGCAUGAUAAGCGUCGACAGGUACCUGGCCAUCACGAAGCCCCUGGAAUAUGGCGUCAAGAGGACGCCUCGCAGGAUGGUGGCCUACAUAGCCUUCGUGUGGCUUGGGGCGGCUUUCAUCAGCCUCCCGCCCAUCUUGAUCUUAGGCAAUGAACACGGAGACGGUGGUUCCACUUGCGAAGUUUGCCAGAACUUCUGGUACCAGAUCUACGCCACUUUUGGUUCUUUUUACAUUCCUUUGACCGUUAUGGUCAUCGUUUAUUAUAAAAUAUUCUGCGCAGCUAAAAGGAUUGUAGAUGAAGAGCGCAAGGCGCAGGCGCACUUGCGGUUAGUGGAAGAAACUGAAGCUGACGCCAAAGCAGCAGUUAUGACUACAUACGCGCAGCUAAAGCCUGUAUCCAAGACAUGGCGCUCCCGACUGCUGUUGGUACCUAAGACGCCGUAUAGGAGUCUUGAUGCUUGCCGUGACAGAACGUACAGCGUCGUGGAAGUGAACAACGGAGGAGUUAAAACCAAACUUGCCGCUGACUCGCCACUUCAGCACAAGGAAGAGAGUGGCAGCACCAACACAACGGAAAGUCCGCGACAUUUAGAGGUGCCAACCAGCUUAGUCGUUUGCAGUUCCUCAUUAUCCACAACGGCAUCAGCUGGGUCAACAAUGGGGUCUCGGUGGUCACUCUGCGAGACGAAUGGCAAGGUCCACCCUCCCAACACCACGACAGGGCCAACGGCUAAUCAGCAGUCUCCAAACACUUACAACUGUAAUAACAUCUGCAAGACGACCAACGGAACAGAGGAAGACGGUCAAGGGUCGCCGAAAAAGAAGGCACAACCGCAUAAGUCGAAGCUGAGGUUCGUCCUCGCUAAGGAGAGGAAGGCCUCUACAACGUUAGGAAUCAUAAUGAGCGCCUUUGUGGUCUGCUGGCUUCCCUUUUUCGUGCUGGCGCUGGUGAGGCCCUUCUUGAAGAGGCCCUCCGUCAUACCCGCCUGGGUAUCUUCUUUGUUCCUCUGGCUGGGUUAUGCCAAUUCUCUCCUCAACCCUAUUAUCUACGCCACGCUCAACAAAGACUUCAGGAAACCCUUUCAGGAGAUACUGUGCCUCCGGUGUGCUUCCCUGAACAUCCUGAUGCGGGAGGAAUUCUACCACUCUCAGUACGGAGGACCGGACACCCCAACGCUCUCUGCCGUCAGAACCAACACGGCGACGAACCCCAGGAAUUCCUCUGAGCUCCAUCUGACCUUAGGAGAUGUGAAAGAAAUAAAAGUUCCUCACGAUCUACAAAACGAAUCUUCGAUGUAGGAGUCGAAAGUGAUUUCAUAGGUGAAUAUAUAAAAUUCGACCAGAGUGGCAAAGUCAAUUUUCCAUCGCACCUUAAAUAUAUUGACCGAUGAGUACUGAAGCUCUUAUGAUAUCAGAAAUAUUCGAACAAAACCUAUUACGCUGUGCUAUUAUGACUUGAAAUAUAUAGCACUAUAUACAGGAAAUCCGCAGUGAAAGUUUCAGCAAACUUUGAAGAAUUGCUCCUUAAAGACGUUGUGAUUUUAUGCCCAACAGUAUUAAAAUAUACCAAAAAAAAAAAAGAGAAAAAAAUCAUGUAGGUAAUAAUUCAACAACCGCAUUUACCUGGAAUGCAAACGCGCACGUAUGUUACAACUCUGGUAUUCAGGCAAGCAAAGUUUGCCACAGAUUACUUUAAUAUUCUUUUAGCUUUUUGUUUCAUCUGUAGUCUCCCAAGUGUAACGGUGUAAUAUAACAAUAGAUAUUAGCAUAUAUCUGUUUACUUUUCAUGUAAAAAAUGAAUGUCCUCUUUUCCAUAAGUGUUUGAAUGUGUACACACACACACUGGUGCAAGCACAUGCAAAUGUACAGUUGCAUGUAUUCUUUGGAAUGUAUGCUAUACGUAUCCUUUAAUUUAUAAGUAUUGUCGAUCACCAGUGGUCCAAAGACAAUAAUACAAACUUAUCUUUCUACAACAUAAUGUCUGAAAUUACAAACAUGAAAUCUCAUUUCAUUUUUGCCUGACUAAGUACCCUGAUAAUGAAAGGAAAUACAUUUACGCUGAACUACGCAGAUCACUGUAUUAUAUUGUACUGAAGGGAAUUCCUUAAUGAUUGCCUGUGAAUUAAAAAAAUUAAUAAGGACUUACUGUAUUUCUUACAGUAAUGUAUGAAGAUUUGAUGAAACGGAAAAUGCUACAACUUUAAUGUAAAAUCUUUAUUUAAUAGUAUGGUGAAAUGUUAAGCUACAUUUUUAUUGGUAUAAUAUAAAGGUACCUUCCCUAACAAUUAUUCUUUUUUACACUGACUAAGUACAGUCUAUCAAUCUGCGUCAUUUUAGGUUGGCUGUAAUAUAUGCAAUUGAAAUUAUAGCUAUAGCCUACUAUGUUCAAAGAUAGAACGCGAAUUAAUGCAUCCUAGAGGGCACAUUAUAGAGGAGAUUGUAGUGUCAUUACACAAGAAUGACGUGUAAUUGUCCCGAAAUGUUUGACGUCAAAUAUCACUUGGUGAACAGAAAGCAGAGAAGCAGCAAGCCUGUGCAUCAACCAAAGAGUUGACAUCAAAGGGCAGACGAGGGUACUUUCUGGUUUAGUGACAGUGUCCUCUUCGCCCGUUCUCUUAGGUUACGGGCGAUUCAGAUCAAGGGAACUCCUAGAGCCUAUUGAGAAUUCAGUGGAACAGUAAGUCACGGUUAGUCAGAUCGAUGACAGGCAGUUAAAGGAAUGAGAAACCCACACAGGACUUGGAUUCACCAAAGGAUCUGAAGCACUGUGAUCACGAUCAGGUCGUUGAUUGGAAGAGAGUGUAGGUCAUCUCGCCAGAUUACCUGCCAGCUAUGGAUGCAAACCGAUUCAAAGAUAACUCGGCAAAAUCAGCUAUGAGGAUUAUAGUUAAAACGAAGCAACGAGAGCAAAUGCGAAGGGAUAUGAGUUUGAUAAAUAAUACGUUAAAGGCAGAGGAGACUUCGGGAAAUAUUUUGUGUAGUAUUUACAAUGAUAUUUAUAGUUUAUGAGAUUUAAAAGUUUUAUCCUACUCCCAUUACUACUAUUAGUAGUAGGAGUAAUACUGGAAAAUUUCAAGAUAUGAUUAAACAGAAAAACAUAGCAUCUAUAUAUUUCAUUUCAUUUCAUUUCUAGGAUCAUUUAUUAGGUUGUAUAACCCACACGGUACUUUCAUUACUGUAAUAUGGAUUUUCAAACGUUUAUCUAAAAUCGGACAAAGCUCUGUUAUGGUCUUAUACAAACCUUACGAUUUGCAUAUUUCACCAUAUCUCAUUUCCCAUUGCAAAAAUGUUUGAAAAGCUACAAUAUUUUGAGGCGGAAUAUACAGUACAUCAUGUGUGAUUGCUUUCUGUAAAUAUCAAUUUUAUGGGCAAGGGUCUUUAUUCUUUUCUUGUCGGAGAAGCAUUAAACAGCAGGGAAGGACUCGUCAGAUGAUCAGUCUGUUUAGUCUGGUCACAAGCAACGAUGAAGGUGACAGAUAGUUUUACGUACAGUCUGUCCACUUAGUGUAUAUGAUAUUGCCCUUCAGAUUCAAUUUAUGCUGCAUCCUACACAGCCGAAAGGUCGACACUUGCGGUAUUGUUUGUUGAUUUUCACUUAGAUAAACAAUUACAAAGAUGGAAAAACCAAGGUAAGCCUCUGAAUAUCCUCUGAUUAAAAUCUUGGAUUCGAAACUUGACAUUAAUUCACAGUGCGCAGGCUUUAGCUCAAACUUAGAACAAUACAAGGUCUUUAACUCAAGCUAAGUGUUCAUAAGAAUGGUAUUAUGGUUUCAAAACAAGUAAUAUAGUUUUGAGUGUUUUAAGCGCCCAAUUUUAACAAAAAAAUUGGCUGUAUUAAAACAGGCGACGUGUAAGUGUAUCAGGUUGGCUUCAAUACAGGAUACAGUCAAGCACAUAAUUAGGAAAGACAAGUGUAUGUCCCAAACUGAAGUUUGUGUUCUAUUAAAUAAUAAAUAUGCCCUAAGGGAUUUUUACUUCAGUUUAUAAUCAUACACUCUUAAAUGAUUAAACGACGUUCAAAAAGAUGAAAGAUAAGAGUUCAAGCACUCUACUGUAUAUAUUAAAUUUGAAAUUACUAUAACAGACAAUGAUAUAGCCUAUUACGUACAUGUCAAGUAUAUUGUGAUACAAUUGUAAGCUAUAAAACGAUGGUAACCUUAGAUAUAUUUCGAAAUAUUUCUUGAAGAGGCAAAUGACAGUCGAGGAUAUAUUUCGAAGUGAUCAAAGGAGUAUUUAUGAUAUUGCCAUAAUAGUGGUCUAUUAUUUUUCUGAUUAAUUCCUCUUCGGUAAAGGACCACGGAACAAACGUUGGAUAAGUGAGUACUAUGACUUGAUAUUUGGAAAUAAGGCUCAUUUAUGAUCCAUAAAGUGAUUAUGUAAAUAAUAUGAAACAGAUAAACAGAUCUGUUUUCAAACCGAAGAGUGGAAACAUAGCUAAAAACCACACCUAUUUUUCUGUAAAAUACGCUUGGACAUUUAUUAUCUAAGUUUAGCUCUACUGGGAAAAUGUUGUCAUUGUAAAAUAGUGUAGUUGAUGUGGUCUGAAAUCAGUUUUAUUUCAAAUUACUGGAACUGGAUAGCCUACACUUGUGAGAAAUCUGGAAAUUAUACCUGCACAGCAGUUCAUUAAACUUAAUUAUAAUAAUUUUCUUGGUACUUUUCCAAUUCUCAUCAUUUUUCAAUUUUUCAUUACCUUCCCCUUCCUGCUACUGUUCUUGGUCUUUUAUCCCUUAUGUCUAAUCAACAUUUUUUGGCCGACAAAUGAAGUUUCUACAGCUAUUGGCAUUAGGAUUUUCUAGUCACAGUAAUAAGUGGAGUUUUAUCAGCUUUAAUAAAUAUAUAUGUAUAUAUAACUUCUUUCGUGCACCAUUUCACGAUAUGUAAGUCGUAUUAUACUGUACACCAAACUCUUGAUAGGCACUAAGCAAGAAGGUCUGAAAGAAGCCAAGUCAUUUCUCUAACUUGACUUCUCCAUUCCUGAGCUCGCGUUAAAUUCUCUUUGGUUUCAGGCAACGUUUAGGCAAGUUUUGAAAAGGAAAUAAAAGUGGGGGUACACAAAACAAACAAACAGCUACAUGACUUUCAAAACUGGCCUAGACAGUCCAAUAGUAGAAUGAAUACCUCGAAUUAUGUAUCAUGAUCGUCUGUAAUAAAUCUAAUAUGAUAUUUUUCUUCAUUCUGAAUCACUGAAGUGGUGCAUCUUAAGACGUUUAUCUUAAAUACUUAACGAUAGGAGACGAAUUUUCUCAUCCAACUACUUCAGCCUUCAUCUCUCACUCAUACAAAUACUGUUCAAUUUUUAUAUUUUUAUACUCUGGGUUUCAAUAUGGGCUGAUCCAUACAAUGAAAAUUCCUUAGUCUUAAAGUGUAAAUUCUAGUAACCUUUUAAGGGAAAAUUUUAAUAUGAGUAUGUAUGUGUACGUAAGUGUUUGUAUAUAUGUGCAUAUAUAUAUAUAUAUAUGUAUGUAUGUAUGUAUAUAUAUGUAUAUAUAUAUGUAUGUAUGUAUAAUCACAACACUAGAUUAUCGUAGCGAUAUAUGUAUAUGUGUAAAGAAAUAUGAAAUAUUUAUAAAUAUGCUUCAAUGCAUCUAUGUUAUUUUGAUGUAAGGGAAAAAAGAAAUCUAUAUGUUUACCAAUAUGUAGCAAUAAUAGUAGAUUGCUGGUUUCAUUACCUUCUUGCAAAAGCAACUUUCUUCAGUGCAGAAUUAUGUAUGUACCGUUGAGCAACACAGCAUAUUCAAAACAUUCAACAGUAUUGAUGUGGGCAUAGCCCAUGAAAAAUAAUACAUUAUUCUCUUGGAGUGAAUUAGCAUUUCAACAUAUAAAAAUUGCUAUGUUCUUAAUAGUGCUUUUAUUGUUAUUUCUGAUUGCAACGUUCCUAUACUUAAGAAUAAUGAUUUGUAUAAAUUUAUCAAUGGAAUGUGUUCGGACGGGAGAACUGUUGGUGGGUGUGAGUUUCGUUUUGUGCGAGGUGAUAAUUAAGUAAUAAACAAUGGAAAAAUCACGUUGAAAGCCAUACUGCUUGCUUAUGUAUUACUUCAGUUUUAUUUUUUCUAUAUGAAAGACUAUACUUGCAGGUGAAAUGAUGUUCGGAAUUAUAUAUUUUUCGUGACAUUAGCGACUAUGACUAAAUGAAUCUUGAAAAUAUCGACUCUUCAACUAUAACUGAAAGCUCAUACGUCAUUCAUUGUUUGCUAAAUAAAACAAUAUGAUGUUCGUGUCAGCUGACAUCAUCUGCUAGGGGUAAAAUAUCUCUUAAUGGUACUAUAAUAUGUGUAGAUAGGAAUGAUUUCCUUGGUAUUAAAAUAUAGUAUAUUCUAAAACCGCUUAGACCAGAGCUGCUUGCUGGCUGAGACCAAAGGUAUCCAUUAGGUUGUACAAGAAUGAUUGCUAGCUUGAUGGAAAGCUGUUCAAGAGAUCCAGUCACUAGUGUCUGUUUCUGGCCAAAAGCCAUUUGCUAGCUCUAGUCUAAGAAAAUAGUCAAAUGUGAUUUUCAUCUAAGUCAGAAAAUAAUUACGGGACAUUCCCCAGUUUCUUGAAUAUUCUUCUUGUGACCGACGUAAUUAAAGAAGAUCUUCAACGUCCAGAAUAAGAAAUGUGCUACUGGUCUUUGGUGUAAUUAUCUUUAGAAGGAAAAAAUAAAGUAUUUUUGUACUCCU